AAAUAAUCAGACGACUACCGCCGCCCCCUGCCUUGCAGCCGCUGCCAUCGCCACCGCCUGUUUCGCCGCCGCCUCGGGACCGGCUGUAUGAUUAGGCCACAAUCUUCAAUGAGUAAACAUAUUCCUCAGUUCUGUGGUGUUCUUGGUCACACAUUUAUGGAGUUUCUGAAGGGCAGUGGAGAUUACUGCCAGGCACAGCACGACCUCUAUGCAGACAAGUGAACUGUAGAAACUUGUUACUACUCCACCAAGAAACCCCCAUAAGAGUGGUUAACCUGGACACAGAAGUGUUGAAUUGAAAUCUGCAGAGCAUUUUACAAGAGUUCUGACCUGGAUGGGGUAGACCUCAGUGCACUUCUUUUAUAUUGCCUCAGUAUUACUGGAUUAAAGAAUCGCUGCUUCUUGUUAGGAGGUUCAUUUCAUUUCCCAUUACUUCCAGCUUCAUACUCAAAGCACUGAGAAUUUCAAGUGGAGUAUAUUGAAGUAGUCUUUGGUUUCUUUACAUCGUUUCUGUAUUCAAUUUUUUAAAUUCUUUCAUAACCCUUUUGAGUGUUUUUUAACUAAAUUAACAUGGCUCGAAUGAACCACCCAGCGCCUGUGGAAGUCACAUACAAGAACAUGAGAUUUCUUAUUACACACAAUCCAACCAAUGCAACCUUAAGCAAAUUUAUAGAGGAACUUAAGAAGUAUGGAGUUACCACAGUAGUAAGAGUAUGUGAAGCAACUUAUGACACUGCUCUUGUGGAGAAAGAAGGCAUCCAUGUUCUUGAUUGGCCUUUUGAUGAUGGUGCACCACCAUCCAACCAGAUUGUUGAUGAUUGGUUAAGUCUUGUAAAAAUUAAGUUUCGUGAAGAACCUGGUUGCUGCAUUGCUGUUCAUUGUGUUGCAGGUCUUGGGAGAGCUCCAGUGCUUGUUGCCCUAGCAUUGAUUGAAGGUGGAAUGAAAUACGAAGAUGCAGUACAGUUCAUAAGACAAAAGCGGCGUGGAGCUUUUAACAGCAAGCAACUUUUGUAUUUGGAGAAGUACCGUCCUAAAAUGCGGCUGCGCUUCAAAGACUCCAAUGGUCACAGAAACAACUGUUGCAUUCAAUAAAACUGGGGUGCCUGAUGCUAUUGCCUUGGAAGUGGAACUUGAGAGAGGAAGGAUCUAAUUUGUCAUACAUAUUAGCCAACGUGUUGGUGAAUAAGUCUAAUGAAGCUUCCAUAGGAAUAUUGAAAAGCAGUUUUACCAUGCUAUGAGUUUGUCAGAAUUGCAGCCUCUAUGUUUGGGUUACAGUCAGCCUAUUUGGACACUUAGCAAAAGAUCCUUGCUGGUCAGCUUUUAAAAUGGGCUUAUCAUUCGUAACAAUUGACCUUUCCUGAAAUCAUGUAGUAUUGAGUUAUAAGUCUUCCUUCAAUCUUUUCCCAUGCCAAAAUCUUAUCAACACGUAAAAAAUUUAAAGAGAUUAGGUGCCAAAAUACCCAGCACAAUACUUGUAUUAUAUUUUUAGUAUCAUACAGAACUCUUAAGUUCCAGGAACUAUGAACAUUCUAGACUUUAUGUGGUUUAUUCCUUCAGUCAUUUCAAACAUUGAAACUAGGGCCUGUGUAGUUAUUUGCCUGUUCACUUUGUUUACAUCUCCCACAUUCGUACCAGUAUGCAUCAGGUUUGCUCAGCCAUGGAAUUUUGUUGGAUUUUAAUGUCAUGUCUAUAAAUCUCAUUUUGUGACAUUAGAGAAAACCUCCAUUUUGAAAAUCUACAUUGUACAGAAGCACAUGUCUUUAAUGUCUCCAGACAAAAAAGCCUUACAGUUAAUUUAAUGUUUGCACUUUGGGGUGCAACUUAACCGGGAGGGCCUGACAAAUGAAUGGGAGGGGGGCUGUUAAAUAUUUUAGUAAAAUGUUGCUUUUGUCUUGUGCAGAACAUGUAGAAUAUGCUCUUUAAUUUAGUAAAUAUUUUUUUAAAAGGUAGAGAUGCUUUGUUAGGGUAGCUACAAUAAUUCUUAAUCAAAAUUUCUGAAAUUCUUAUAAUUUUUUUCCCAUAUCUAUUGGAAGUUGUUUACCAACCAUCAUUUUUGUUCAAAGUGUGAUUUUUUUUUUCCUUCUCUUCCCAACCUCUAUUGCAAAAAAAGAAAGUAGGUUUCUGCUAAUGAUUCAGCAGACAUCUAAUAUUUUCUAUGCCUUUUGAGCUGUGUAACUUAAUAUUUGGAUACUUGAUAAUUUGUUUUAUUAUGUAAUUGAUAAAAUGGUGAUGUGUAUUAAUGUUAGUUCAACCAUAUAUUUAUACUGUCUGGGAAUGUGUGGUUAUAGUUCUGUGGGAGAAAUAAUUUGUCAGUGUUCACCAGCUUGUAAAAACCUAGUGCGAGAGCUUAAACAUCUAAAUAAAUAAUGAACUGCAAAAAAAAAAAUAAAAAAUAAAUAAAUAAAAAGAUAAUAAAAAGAGAAAUAAAACAUCA